AUGGCGCCCUCGCUGCUCUUCAACCCGGCCAAGCUCCCUCCUUCGGAAGCUCUCCAACUCGCACAGCAAGCCCCCGUUGUCUUGCAAGGAUCGUCAUCACCAUCCGAGACUGUGGACCAAUGGGCAACAUACGAAAAUCUGCUGCUAGCGUGCCUCCGAACCGGCGAUGAUGAAGCGGCCGCAAAAUGUAUGGAUCAGCUGGAGGCACGGUUUGGCCCCGACAAUGAGAGAGUCAUGGCUUUAAGGGGCCUGUUGUCCGAGGCCCAGGCCGAGAACAACGGAGAGCUGGAAGCGGUGCUCAAGCAGUACGAUGCCAUUCUGGAAGGAAACAGCACCAAUCUCCCUAUCACAAAGCGCCGGAUCGCCCUCCUACGAUCCAUGGGUCGCGUCUCGGAUGCCGCAACCGCUCUUGUACAACUCCUCGACUUCUCCCCAACCGAUGCCGAGGCCUGGUCUGAGCUGUCGGAUCUCUACUUCACACAAGGAAUGUACUCGCAGGCCAUCUACGCCUUGGAAGAGGCCCUCCUUCUGUCACCCAAUGCCUGGAACAUACAUGCACGACUGGGAGAGGUGCAGUACAUGGCUGCCACGACUUCGGGAAGUGGCGGUGGAUCGCAGCAAAAGUACUUGGCCGAGGCGCUCAAGCGGUUUGCUCGGAGCAUUGAACUGUGCGACGACUAUCUCCGUGGCUACUAUGGGCUGAAGCUGGUCACCACGAGGCUCCUCAAGGAACAGGCCAAACAGGCCAAACAAACUGACGAUGGCGAGUUCACUCUGCCUGAUCCCAAGACAAUUGAGCGUCUCGAUGAGCUUGCGACCGCCAAGCUAUCGGAAAUCGUCCGUCAUAGCACUCUGAAGGACAGAGGCUGGCGCGGCUAUGACGAACGUGAGGUUGCAGCUGCCCGAGAACUGCUCUCACAAAAUGGAAUUGAGAGGUGAGAUUUGCUGCCAUUGAACGAGGCAAACGGUACGGCGCUCAGUCCA